UGUUCUUUUUGUGUGCACCGUAAUCAUUACGACCCACCGCCGACUCACCUACACAAUUAAAAUGGCGGAACGUUAUCAACACAACAGAAGAUGUCAUUGACGCUUUUUAUUGUUUACGAUGCGUAAUCCAAUUCAAUAAAUUUGUCCGAAAUCCGUCAACCGUACCGUGCAAUCCGCGUAUUUUUAGUCUCGAGUGUCCAGCGUUCAACGACAGCUUGGAUACGAUGUGUGCGCGUUUCAAGCGUCUCGAUUUCUCGCCGCUAAACGGUCCCGUGGUGGCACCAACUGUCUCGGUUAUUGUUGUUUGCGCGUAACCUAAUGCGCCGUUGACGACGCACAACUGAGCUGUUUUACGAAGAUUCUCAGAUCCGUUUUGCAAGUUAAUGUUAAAAAGGUAUAAUGACAAUCUUCAGCCAAUAAGAUUGGUAACAGACCAUCUGACCGAGCGGCUGAAUCUCGAGGGCGCAUUAACGUUGCCGAUUGCCAGCCCGAGUUCAGUGGAUUUAGAACCUAAACCGGUGAAGCCAACAAAAAAAAACAGGCUGUCGACCGGAUCACAGAAUAUUCGGCUUGCGGCCAAAAAAAAUCACCAGAAUGACGUGACAACGAUGAGUAACAAUCUCAUGUUUCGAAGCAUGUUUUUUAUGAACGAAGAAGCUAGACAUUUCUUGGCGCCGCCUAUACAAUUGUCUACAACUGAUGGAGAAUAUUUCACUCGUAAGACUGGAAAUCCAAAUUUGAAUACACAUCAUCAACAGCAACAGCAGCAAGCAGUUGCAGCUCUUGCAAAUCACGACUCCAGUUCUAGUGUUGAAAAACCAUUACAACCUCCUAAAGCUCGCCCUCACGGUUGCGAGGAGUGUGGAAAAACCUUUUUAAUGAAACAUCAUCUGUCAACACAUAUGAGAGGUCAUACUGGUGAGCGACCACAUAUUUGUCCUGAAUGUGGUAAGACGUUUGCACUUAAACACUGUUUAAGCACACAUUUGUUAUUGCACAGCUCUGAACGACCUUACAAAUGUUUGGAGUGCAAUAAAAGUUUUACCUUAAAACAUCAUUUGGUAAGUCAUGAAAGAGUACAUACCCGAGAUAGACCAUUUGAGUGCCCUGAAUGUCGUCGUAGAUUUCCACAGAAACGUCACUUGACUACUCAUAUUAAAUUCCAUUCGGGAGAACGACCAUAUUCUUGUUCGGUUUGUGGUGAAACAUUCUCGCGAGAAGAACAUCUAGUCAUGCAUUCUAGAUUUCAUGGAGGAACACAACCAUUUGUGUGCCCAGACUGUGGAGCUGCAUUCCUGCGUAAAUUUGAAUUGGUAAAUCAUGAACGACAACAUGGUCGUAUACCUGAAUCUUGUCCUGCUUGUGGUAAAGAGUUCUUGCAAAGACGCACAUUAUUGGUCCAUGUUAGAAAUUGCGGCUUAAAUUCAUCAACACCAGUACAUAGAUCUCCUUAUACUGCAACAGCAAGCAAAGCAUGCCGUGAAUGCGGUGAAACAUUUGCUAGUGAUGAAGGUCUGGCACUCCAUAUGCGAUUACACAUUGGUGAUCAUAGUUUCCUGUCUGACAUUUGUAGUCUAGCUGCUACUUUAAAACAAAGCGUACAGGGGGUAUCAAAUGGCAUUACUAAUGUACAGAAUCAUCACCAAACACAACAUCAAGCUGGUACUGUAGCUAAUAAGAAAUCUCACUACUGCGGAGAUUGUGGUCGUGGCUUCACCCAAAAACAUGGUUUACAACAACAUCACAUCAAGUACCCGAAUGCGACUUGUAAAGACAAACCAUUUUCAUGUCAAAAAUGUGGUAAAAGUUUCAUGCAAAAAAAUCACCUUGUAUUGCAUGAAAGACAACAUAUGGACCCACCACCAUCUAGAAAUCGUAAUCCUACAACUUCAGCUGUCCAAUCAAUACAACAUUUACAGACUGAACAGGUUGGCCUGCAACCAACUCCUCUUCAUGCCUCUAUAUUGGGACUUCAGCCUAUUAGACAUAUUCAAUCUUCUGGUAGUCAACCCCAACUUUUAAGACAUCACCCAAGUGAGGCUCAUUCAGGGUCUUAAUAACUGCUUCAAUUUACAUCUUGUAAUUAAGAAUAGCAAAAGAAG